AUGUACAUUACCGCGAACGGCAUUACAGACAAAGCCAAGAAGCGAACGCUGCUUUUAUACCAGGCAGGCGCCCGAGUUCGCGAAAUUUUUCGGCAAAUCCCUGAUAAUGGAGAUGACAAAGACUACGACAAGGCGGUUGAGAAACUAAUCGAAUACUUUGAACCACAAAAACAUCGAUUGUACGAGGUGUACAAAUUUCGCGAGGCACGACAAGACGUCAGCGAAACUUUAGACCAAUAUUAUACGCGGUUGCGGAGUUUAUCUACCCGAUGCGAGUUUGCUGAUCCAGAUUUUGAAAUAAUGGUUCAAAUUGUCUUAUGUGGUCGCUCCAGUCGACUCCGAAAGCAAGCCUUACGUGAUCCCAAGUUGACAUUGAAAGACCUACUGGUUUUGGGCCGCCAAUGUGAACGAAGUCGUCAACAAGCUGCAGAGAUCGAGGAAAAUACAAGAAACAAUCAAACCGGUAUGAACGAUGGCGCUGUUGUGGAUGCUGUUUGCAAUACCCCUGCUGGAAAGACAUCGCAAAAAGGGGUUUGCAGGAAUUGUGGUGCUGAAUGGCCACACAACACGGGAAUAUGUCCAGCAAAGGGCAAAGAAUGCCGAAAAUGUUCCAAACUGAACCAUUUUGCGAGAGUGUGUCGAUCUGCGCCUGCGGUGGCGCGAGGUCAGCGGCAAGACCGUGGACGAUGGCAAGGACGUCAUGAAAACAAACCUAUUCGUCCACUUAAUGUCUCGGACAAUGACAAUGAAUCAAGCGACUCAGACAAUUAUUGUUAUUCAGUUAACAAUACAAAGGCGCAAAAUCCCUACACAAAGUUGAAGAUUAACAAUCGCAACGUAAAGUUUACGGUUGACACUGGAUCCAGUAUAAACAUAAUAGAUCAACAAACCUUUGAGCAAUUGGGACAUUAUACAUUGUCCAAAACAAACAUCAAAGCUUAUGCAUUUAAUUCAAACGUCUCUGUUAAAAUGAAUGGGAAAUUUACCACCAUUGUGGAAUCACGGCGCAAGAUUACGGUGACAACCAUUUAUGUUACAAAAGCAAACGGUGGUUGUCUUUUGAGUGGGUCAACUGCAGAAGAGCUAGGACUAAUCAGCUUGCAUUUGAAUGCGGUACAAGUAACAAAAUCAUCCCAAACACCACCAACGUUUACAUCAAUUAAAGAUAAUGGAGUACAACGUGUUGUCCAGAAGUAUCCAAAUGUUUUUUUGUGGCCUCGGGAAAUUACGACAUCAAACAGUCGAACUGCUUGUUGACAAAGAUGUAAAACCAGUUACUCAGCGUCAACGUCGCAUUCCAUUCCACCUGAGAGCUAAAGUCGAUGCGGAGUUAAGUCGGUUACGGGAUGAGGACAUCAUUGAACGCGUACCAGAUACAGAAGCAACCGAAUGGAUAUCUCCAAUCGUCAUCGUGCCAAAAAAAGACGACAAUAUUCGUCUAUGUAUUGACAUGCGCGCGGCAAACACCGCUAUUAAACGAAUUCGACACCCCAUACCAACGGUGCAUGACAUUUCGCAUGAAUUAAAUGGUGCCAAAUUCUUCACAAAAUUAGACCUUACACAGGCAUAUCACCAACUUGAGUUAGCCCCUGAAAGCCGUCAAAUCACAACAUUCAUCACACACGCAGGAUUGUUUCGUUUUAAGCGUUUAAACUACGGCACAAAUUCGGCCGCAGAAAUGUUUCAACAUGCACUGCAACAAGUUUUGCAUGACAUCCCAGGAUUCCGCAACAUUGCUGAUCACAUUUUAGUUUUUGGAUCGUCUUACGAAGCACAUAACAAAGCCUUGGAUGAGUGUCUACAUCGCAUUGACACCCAUGGUUUGACCCUCAACUUUGACAAAUGUCAGUUUUUGCAACCUAAGCUUGAAUUUUUUUUACUUAACUUUUCUUUAACAGAUCCUAAGAAGGUUUCUGCCUUGGCUACUGCUGCUAUGCCCACCACGGUGAGCGAGGUCAGAAGCCUCCUCGGCAUGGCUAAUUACAGCUCACAAUUUAUCCCCAACUUUGCCACAAUCACGGAACCAUUACGGCAACUCACCCACAAAGGAACACCUUUUAUAUGGACUCAGGAACAGGACCAUGCGUAUAAUACACUGCGAAAGGCUUUAAUUAACAGUCCUGUGAUGAGUUACUUCGAUGUCAACAAAGCCACUGAAGUGACCGCGCGAACUUAG